CUUCAUCACUGCACAGACACAAUGAGGAGCCACUGGGGAUCUGACCAGCUACAGACCGCUCAUUCUCAAUUAUCUCUACGGCUGCUGAUGAGAACCAGAGCUGCUUCGAAUGUGUAAAGGCGGGGCGUCAGGUCGGUGUGUUCCCCUAAAAUCAACAGUGCUUCAUCAGCGGUUCUGCGGAGCCAGAAUUACGCGCGCCGUCUCCUCUUUACGUAACCCGUCAGUGAAUUUAUUUGCAGCUGGUACUGGAUGCAGAGAGGAUUUGAGGAGGACAGCGCUCUCCUCCCUCCUCCCUCCUCCCUCCUCCUGCUGCUGCAUCCUCCCUGCUGCUGUCGUCCUCAGCUGCGCACUCGCCCUCAGCCAAACAAGAACAUCUGUGCGCAGCAGCGACACUGUAAACACAGGAGAGGCUGCUUUCAAGAACGUUGCGUCGCGGUUUGCCUUGCAAGACUUUAGUGAGAAAUGCCUGACCGUCCACCAGUUGCCCUUCAAUGCCUGAGAAUGGAGCUGUAGUCACUGUCUUCAGGAUUUAGACCAACUGCUAGAAUGUUGCAGCCUUCCUACAGAACAGGUGACCACCUGUUGGAAGCAUUACCUCACAGACGUAGGUGGACCCUCCCCCUCAUCAUCUGCCUAGCUGCCCUCUGGCUUCCACAGGCAGCAGGGUCGACACUCAACUGUCAUAGGAAAUGCAUCUGCGCCUCAAACAUCGUCAGCUGCUCCAAGAUGAAUCUGACCCUCGUCCCAACUGGGAUUCCACACUACACCGGCGUACUGGAUCUAAGCUACAAUGAGAUAACGAAGCUUCGAGCUGAGUGGACCACAGUCAGUCUUCCUAAGCUCCAUAACCUCCUCCUCAGCCAUAACGGUCUCUAUUUCCUGUCUUCAGAGGCGUUCAUUAAUGUGAAGAAGCUGCGCUUCUUAGACCUGUCCUCAAACAGCUUACGGCAGCUGGACGAGUUCAUAUUUGAGCCUUUGGCCGAACUGGAGGUUCUACUGCUCUACCACAACCAAAUUUCACAAAUCGACCGCUCAGCUUUCGUCGGCGUCAUGAAACUGCAGAAGCUCUACCUUAGUCAGAACCACAUCUCUCGCUUUCCCUUGGAGCUAGUCAAGGAAAAAUCCCGUAUGGAGACGCUGAGUCUGCUGGACGUGUCCUCCAACAAGAUCAAGGCAUUGCCCAUUGAGGAGCUAAAGGUACUGCCUGCCUGGAUAAAAAAUGGCCUUUACUUUCACAAUAACCCUUUGGUAUGUCACUGUGAUCUCUACACACUCUUAGCCCACUGGUAUCUUCGCAAACUCAACUCUGCUGUUGACUUCAAGGACGAUUACACGUGUAUUCUGCCCGGUCCUCAGAAAACACAGGUAGCUGUUUUCGAUCUCAGUGGUGACUACAUGAACUGCAGCACAUUCAAGGAAGAAGAUGAGGAGGCUUUUCUGGAACAGACCCUCACCCUGGACUGUGACACCAAACAGAGGAACAUGUCAAAGACCUGGACAAUGCCUGGCAACGUGCCGGUAAUUAAUGGAGGCAACCAGACGGCGAAAGUCUUGCGUGAUGGCAGUUUGGAGAUCAGUUCAGUGAGAUCCGAGGAUGCUGGGACCUACACUUGCUUUGCGAUGAGCGAGGCCUUUAAUGAGACGAUCUAUGUGGUUCUGAAGGUUCAUAACUUCACCAUACACGGGACUGGAGAGACUUUGAACACAGCAUACACCACCCUGGUCGGCUGUCUGGCUAGCGUAGUGCUGGUGAUAAUGUACCUUUAUCUGACGCCGUGUCGCUGUUUCUGCUGCCCCAGCAAAGGCAAGACUCGUGGUGAGGACAGUAUUCACUCCUCCAUGCUCAGCGUGACACCGACCCAUGAGGAACCUGCACUCAAAGCUGACCUGAACAAGCACGUGGCAUUCAUAGACUCGAAGGACCUCCAAGGCCAGAACGGGAAGCUAAACCGCAGCGGGAACGAGGACGAGGACCUGGAUGCUGAGGCUGGUUCUUUAAUGAAGGGGAAGAGGAAGAAGUCAGUAGCAGAGUCCAUCAGCUCCGUCUUCUCAGACACUCCCAUGGUGGUCUGAGACGACACAGUGGAUUCCACAUUACUGGAUGUGUAUGGUACUACGUGAGCCAUGUUUUAGUUCAUGUAAACUGUGACUGACGUUGUGGGAGAACACAGGCAAUGAAUGUUUGUCUGUAGUUGCUGGCAUGUUAAAAUGUAGGAUCUUAAAAGGGAUUUAAAAACUGUUUUGUUGUCCGUGACAAUGAGCAGGACUUUUCCAGCAUUUUAAUCUGUAGCACUUAAUAAUUAUACUGUGAAGGAGCGGCAGUGUUUGUAAGGACACAGUAAAUGCUGACGUCUUAAAAGUAGAACGUAGACUUGUUGUUGUUAUUAGCACUCAGGAAGCCAUGAAUUGAAUAAAGCAAGUGGGGGGAAUGCAUACGGCACAGGCACAGAUUGAUUUGGAAAAUAUACUGUAAAUACGGUAUACAUAUAUAUGAAGGGAAUGCCUGGCUCAUGUUUAUAUUUAGCACACAAACUAAAAUUACAUUGCAUCUGACAUUUAAACAUUAAAACAUAUGUGCAUUUAGCCCAAUGUCCUCUACAGAGGCAGGGACAGAGACCAAGACAAGAUGUUGUCUGGAGGCUAUAAAUAACCAUAAAACGAAAACGGAAAAAUGUCCAAAUAUCCAAUAACACAACAACAUGAAAGGCCCAUCAGGGUGAGAGAUGCGGAGAAAGUCAGUAUUUAUUGAACAUCAAGUCGUUUAUAACAAGGAGGGAGUAUCAAUACUGCCACACGGUCACUACUUGUUUUUUAAUUUAGUUUUCUGACCAACAACACGGAACCGGAGCAGAGGGCAGCAUGAACACAAACCCCAGAUACUUCUGGUGUUUGAAAUGACCAAAAGGAUUUUAUUAUUUUUAUGAGAAAUGCCUGCUCAUAAAACACAGAUUAUUAAAUCUGUCUCCUCCCACUAUAUAAUGAAAUAUAAAUAUAAAAUAUACAUUAUACCAUUUGGAGAACUUAUUUUCAGCACAAUGUGUUUGUGGGCUUAAAGUAUUACUUCAACAAUAUAUCAGCGAUGCAAUGGUUCUAUCAGCUGUUAGGGGUGGUUCUCUUAAAGACGUUUUUUUCCAGAUUUUGUAAAAUUCUGAGCAUUGCCAGAUCUUAUGGCUAAAGCUUUGUACUCACACCGUUAACAUGGGCUGAUAACAUUUGACUUUUUCCCAAGGAGAUUUUAUUUAUGUCUCCAGGCGUGAUUCAUGUUUUGGAGUGAGAAUUUCUCUCUGUCACAUUAACAGGAUUUACAAUAACCAGCCCAUGUCACCAGCUGCCAGCCUUAGUUUAUUUAAAUAUUUCCUGGAUUUAGAAUGUGCACCUUAUUUGACCAUGUGAUAUAUGAGUUUAACAUUUAACACUUAAAAUGUAGCCUGGUGAAUAGAGAGUGAUGUCUGUCGUGUCAGUAGGUCAGUAUUAGAAGAACGUAAUAAAAGUUGGUUAAUGCACAGAAGGAGGAAGAAAGAUCUUACUGUAGCUAAUGGAACCUUGUGUAACACAUGGGAAAACCCCAUUCAGUCAUAUUACAUUAUUAUCAUGUUCAGAAAGAGCCAGUGUCUGUGCGUAAACAAACACAUUGGUCGCAUUUAAUGGUGUUGUUGUUUGUGUUAGACGGAGUCGAAGCAGAGUGCAACAAAGGCCGGUGUAAAAGCUAAUGUCAUCUGUUGACGGGAUGUGGUUUUCCCUCUGUUUUCCACGUCUUUGUCUCUCUGAGGUGUGUCAUCAUAAACAGCUCACCACGAGGCCGGGUGUUCUUCUCCUCUCCCUUCUGUUUGCUCUGUUUGUGUACCUCUCUCAUUAAGGCACAGCUCUUACGUACGUUUAAAAGCAAGCGUUCACUCAGACCAAUGGAUGCAAUGCCCUUUUAGCAGGUCCUCGUUUGUUUAUCAGGGGAAAACGCCCGGAGCUUUCAUUUAACAUCCGAUCAAUCACUCAGCCGGGAAGUUUUCCAGGAACCGCAAUCUUAAUCGAUAAUUGAUAAGCAAUGUAAAUCACAGACCUACGUUAAGGAAGGGAGCCGAGGAGGUUGAGGUCGGCGUGAGAGAGACAUAGAAUCAAGUCCGCAGAAGCAACAGCAAACACAGGAGGAGGAGGAGCAGGCAGAGAUGACGAUAUGAGGUGUUUCAGUGUGUGAAAGAAAGAAUGGACAGGAUGAAAGGGUAACAGGAACAGCUCAGGUUGUGCAAACUGCAGAUAGGGUCGGACGGUCAAUGUUAAGGUGUUCUAGUCAUCUGCUGAGGAGAUAGUGGCCAUUUUGAACAAAGCAUGUUCAAACAGGAGUGAUUCAUCAGGGAAAAAAGAGAAUGACCCCCACGGAUGACGUGAAGAAGGGACAUAAGACCCUCCACCAACCAUUUCUCAUCGAUGCCUCUGUUACUGCUACAGCUACAGCUACAGCUGAAGCAGGUUCCAUUUGUACUAGUUUUCCUUUCUAGUCUAGUCAUUAGAAUAACAUGGCUACCUGUCAAAUCAACUGUAACCAAAGGCAAAGGGUUUCAAUAUUUUCGUAGCUAGUUUGUCAUAUAUGUGAGGCACAGCACUGUCUAAAUCUAGGGACAAACCUCCACAUUCACUGGAGGCCUAGUUCAAACCAAUCAGUCAAACUAUUGUUAGCAAGCUAGGCUAAAGCUGGCGACACAAAAAGUAACAGCUACAGAAACUACAAGAAAUAAUAAAAAGAUGUUUUCUGACCUGUGUUUGCUCUGCUGCAGACCGGUGUAAAAAUCUUUAUCGAAUUAGCAAUAUAGCAUUAGCUAACAAGAGGAUGUUGUCACACCAGUGACAUCAGACAACAUACAAUGUUGGUAAAGGGGUGUGGUUUUUCAUAGGUAAAGAAGAAAAAAAAUGCUUUAUUUUAAAGAAGGAAAAGGAGCAGAGGGCUAAAUGAGAAAUGGGAUUUCACCCACACACCUUGGAACACAUGACAAAAUAGAAGGAAUAUUUACAUUUUUCAACUGGGGAUGCUGCAUCUUCUGUGUGGGUGAAAAAGGAAGUCACACUCGCUGUGGUGUGUGAAUCAUUCCACUGUCACACACAGGAAUACCAGGUGGAGAAAUACAGAGCAGCAAAAAAAAUAAUAAUAACAGUGUGAUGAUGCACAAACACUGGUGUGUAGCCCUCCACUGCUGAUAGGCAGAGGUCACUGAAGGAACUGCCCCGUGUGAAGUGUUCCGUCUUUUGCCUUCUGUAGUUAAACAUGUUGUGUGUUUUGUUGCCUACGUUGAGAUUCUUCUAUGAUUUAUUUGGAGGCCAGUGAAGCUGAUAAAUGUGAGUCACAGAAUCUGUACUAACAGCUACAUUUGUACACACACGCUACAGCUGUUCGACGGCACACAUUAAAGGGUUUAACGCCUUGUUUGCCUCCUAGUGACCCUAUGUGGAUCCAGUUAAAUUUGUCAUAGCUAAUGGAUGGUCUUUUGUGGAUUGUCAUUGAAAUUACAAGUUGCAUUUAUGUACAGAGAAAAUGUAGUCCUGAUGCAUCUGAAGAUAGAGAAGAACAGUGGUGUGUACCCUCCGAAACAAAUCUGCCUUCAUCUCUCUCUCUGUCUUUAUAUUUAUAUAUAAUAUAUCUAUAUAAACAACAUACUGUAUAUGUGUAAUAAGACUUUUCUGUGCUCAGUAUUAAUUAGCUGUUAUCUGCUAUGUUCUAUCAGUGUAUUGACCAUAUCCUUGUGUACUGCGAUGUCGUUGGUCUUCUUUUCAUUCCGUUCGCCAUUGUUAGCUGUUUAAGUCUUGACAAAUUUAUAUUUUAAGGGGAUAGGGGGUAGGAUUUAGUUUUUUAAAACAAAAGAGGAUUAUUUACACUUCACUCUGCUCAAGGUUACGUGAUGUUUCAAAUGAAAUUAUAUUCAAAGGAUGAACGUCUAGAUAUCAGUGGACAGGGUGGAUCACAGCAGGCAGUGACUACAGCGUGUGGCCCCUUUGGUUAUAAAGCCGUAAAAUUACAUCGAGAAAGCCUUCUUUGUGGAAAGGUGAUGAAAUCAGUUUUCCAACAGAAAUGAUAAGACCUCUUCAAAUGGGUUUAAUCACCAUAGAGGGGAAAUUAAUCUUCUCAAGGUAUUGUAAUGUGAAGGCUCUAAUUUAAUAGAAACUGAAAACCUAAUUUUAUACAAGUCGAGGUAACACAAAUGUUCUAUUGCAAAUCACAAGUGUAUCUUCAUUAAUGGCACGUUAAACUAUGAAUCAUCAGCAAGAGAAAGGACCUCCCCCCACUGCCUGACACACAUCUGUCUCAUUUCAGUCGACUGUGCAGUAGCAAUUACAGUAACAGUAAAAGCUCCCUGCUCUUACAGUGAGCAACUAUGGGACCAGAAGGGAGCUUUUAACAGCAUUACAAGCACAGUGUUUAUUGACCAGUGCUUCCCAGAUGGGCCUGUGGGUCACUGCCAUAACAUCUUGAAAGGUCUCACGGCUAAUGGAAUGACUUUGCAUGAUACACUUUAGAGCUUUUCUGAUCGCAGAGUAUGUACAUCCUAGUAAGAAUUCAAAAGCAAUGAUAGCAGAUUCAUUUGAUCUAAUAAAUCACCAAAAGUCAAA